UCAGAGGAAGGUCAAAAUGAACGCCCGUGAUUGUGCUAACUAAUCCAACGACCAUAAAGACGCGUCGCUCGCUUUAAAUAUUGAUCCAUCUCAUCGUGCGUGAAACCCUAGCCGAAGGCACCGACGAUCUUCGCCCGAGUCAUGGGGGCUUACAAGUACGUUUCGGAGCUAUGGAGGAAGAAGCAGUCGGAUGUGAUGCGGUUCCUGCAGCGGGUUCGGUGCUGGGAGUACCGCCAGCUUCCCUCCAUCGUCCGCGUCACCAGGCCCACACGCCCCGACAAGGCUCGCCGUCUUGGUUAUAAGGCAAAGCAGGGAUAUGUCAUUUAUCGUGUUCGAGUUAGACGCGGCGGUAGGAAGAGACCAGUCCCCAAAGGUAUUGUCUAUGGAAAACCCAAGAAUCAGGGUAUCACUCAGCUGAAAUUCCAAAGAAACAAGAGGUCUGUAGCCGAGGAGAGAGCUGGCCGUAAGUUGGGAGGCCUCAGGGUGCUAAACUCCUACUGGGUGAACGAGGAUUCAACCUACAAGUAUUUUGAGGUCAUCCUUGUUGAUGCAGCUCACACAGUGAUCCGCAAUGACCCUAGGAUCAACUGGAUCUGCAAGGGUGUUCACAAGCACCGUGAGCUUCGUGGGCUCACUUCAGCUGGUAAGAAGUACCGGGGUCUUCGUGGCAAAGGUCAUCGCUAUCACAAGGCCAGGCCAUCUCGUCGGGCAACCUGGAAGCGGAACCAGACAUUAUCUCUUCGCCGUUAUCGUUGAGUCUGUUGGGAUGGAUAAUCCUAUCCAGAACAAUUUUCUAUUUCUACUUGAUAUUUCAGUUACCCUCUCUGUGUUCGAAGCAUUUUUGUUUUACAAAAAAACUCCAAGAAUAUGGAAUCUGAUUGUGUGCUUGCGGUGUUCGCUCCUA